AUGUAUCCUUUCCAGACAAACGCCACUCCUUUUUACUAUCCUAGCAAUGAAAUUGAAUACAUGGAUAUUGUUGACGAUUCCUACGAAAAUCACGUCAAUUCACAACUGAGCGGAAUCAAUUAUACUAAAUCCGAAUCUGCCAAUGAUGAUGAUGUCAAGAUGAAAGAAACAAGAGCCCGGAGACAACAAAGACAAUAUACUGAAGAAGAGGUCCUUCUGGUCUGCAAACUCUAUUAUGUCGACAAACUUUCGAUCGAGGAAUCAGGAAAGGCUGUCGGAAUGCCCAAGUCUACAGCCGGGGGUAUCAUUCGGCGGCAGAGAGAUAAGUUGGGUCUCCCAGCAAGAAGAACUCCCCAAAAAAUUCAAGAAGCAACAACAAAAACAACAACAGGAGGAGGAGUCAAGAGCUUUGACGAUAUAUUAACUGAUAAACUUAAAAUCAUGCUUUAUGACAAAGAACAUCCCAAAACCUCAAAAUGA